AUGACAGUGGGAAAUCUCCCAUUUCUCCUGUUAUUCUGUGCAGCACUUUCUUCUGCUUUUCCUGCAAGUACAAGGCAGACAAAGGAAGAAGGCAUGCAGCUCAUCCAGAAGUAUCUGGAAAAUUACUAUGGCUUUAAGAAAGAUGGAGAACCUUUUGUUUGGAAAAGCAAUAAUGCAAUGACCCAAAAACUAAAAGAAAUGCAGGAAUUCUUUGGGCUGGAGGUGACAGGGAAACUGGAUUCUGGCACUAUGGACUUGAUACAGAAACGCCGCUGUGGAUUCCCUGACGUAGCUGGGUUCUCCACCUUUGCAGGAGAGCCAAAAUGGACAAAACAUGUCCUGACAUACAGGAUAGUAAACUACACACCAGACCUGCGUCCAGCAGAUGUCAACGCAGCGAUCAGGAAAGCGUUUCGUGUCUGGAGCAGUGUGACCCCGCUGAGAUUCAUCCAGAAAGACAGUGGUGAUGCAGACAUAAUGGUCUCCUUUGCAGCCAGAGAUCACAAUGACUUCAUCCCCUUUGAUGGCCCAGGAGGCUCCCUGGCCCAUGCCUAUGCACCUGGCAAGGACUUCGGUGGAGAUGCUCACUUCGAUGAGGAUGAAACGUGGACCAAAAGCACACAGGGCACAAACCUGUUUUAUGUUGCUGCCCAUGAGUUUGGCCAUUCACUGGGACUUUCCCAUUCCAAAGACCCCAAUGCUCUGAUGUAUCCAGUUUACAGGAAAUUUGACCCUUCAGUACUCCUUCUUCAUCAGGAUGAUAUUACUGGCAUACAGUACCUCUAUGGACCAUCUCCCAAUACAAACAAUGAUCAAACAGAAUCUACUGAGAUAAAAGACCCAACUGAGUCAAAAGAUCCUGCACUGCCAAACAGCUGCAGCUCCAAUUUGACAUUUGAUGCUGUCACCACUUUCCGUGGAGAAAUAAUGUUCUUUAAAGACAAGCAUAUUUGGCGCAAACAUCCAGCAGUCAGAACAGCUGAUUUUGAGUUGAUAUCUUCACUCUGGCCACGGCUGCCACCUGGUGUUGAUGCUGCAUAUGAAAUUCCUGAAAAAGAUGAAAUGGUCAUUUUUAAAGGGAAAGAAUUCUGGGUUGUGAGAGGAGAUACCAUACUUCCUGGAUACCCUCAAAAACUCUACACCCUGGGCUUUUCAAAGGAUGUUUCCAAAAUUGAUGCUGCUUUUCAUAAUGGAAUUGAGGGGAAAACAUAUUACUUCAUAGCAGACAAAUUUUGGAGUUAUGAUGAAAGAAGUCAGUCUAUGGAUAGGAAGCCAUUACUGAUAAGAGAUGCCUUUCCAGGAAUUAAUGGGAAGAUUGAUGCUGUUUUUCGACAUGAAAACUUCCUUUAUUUCUUCAGUGGAAGAAAGCAAUUUGAGUUUGACCUUAAUAAGAAGAGAGUUACACGCCUCCUGAAGACAAACUUUUGGUUUCCAUGCUAA